AUGUCCGAUAAAAAUUUGCUCGGUACUCACCGUAUUAUCAGAAUUUUGGAUAAAUUUCACAAGGUAACUUACAUGAUCGAUCGACUUUUGAUUACGUCCAAGGAUGGGGUAUCCAAUACGGCUCGACUAUCGACUGCGCUACGCUACAAGGAUGAGGGAUAUCCAACAGGACUCGGGUUGCGUGAGCACCCACUCAUGAAACAGUUUUUGAUUCACAUAAGGAAAGAUGGCAUAGCAAUUCCUUCGACAGAAAAUCGCAGACCCUUAUCAAGUAAACCACAUUCAAGAGCAGUUGUACCGGCCCUUUUCAAUUUUAGAUGA